CCGGUCUGGUAACAUUUUCAGAAGAUUGUUAGUUCAACUAGGUGCAAAGUAUUUAUUGCAUGAAAAUGGUGAACGUUUGCAAAGUUCUGAUCCCUUCAGCUCUGAGUAUUGCAGGAUGCAUGUCCACCUCGACUACUUCCAGAUCUACAGAUCUGGAGGAUGCUACUCCUACUUCUACUACUGCAGCCCCUGAAGUGGUCACCAGUACUACUAUUACAGCAUCACAAUGGGGAUUAUACUCUCACUGAGGAGGAAUCCGAGAUUCGUGUGGCAAAUGAGUUCAUCACUUUACCAAGGGACUUGCAGGAGGUCUGGGUCUGCUCUCACUGAUGUCUCUUCUGGGCCUGGUCUAGAUCACUUGGAAUCAAGUAUUUUCAAUUGUAAAUAGUGUUUGUGGUUACCUUGCUUUUCAGCAACUUAAUAUGUGAUUUAUGAACAUAUUUUUUUUUACUGUACAGUGAACAGUUGUCACUGUACCGAUUGUGAAAUAGUUUGUAGAUUUAAAAUUGUUACAAAAUGUCAUCUGGGACAUUUAUUAGAAAUGCGUAUUUUUUUAUGUUCAAAGAUAAACAAUGUCGUCCGAGCUUGAACUACUGCAGAAGUUAUGCAGUCCACCCCCAGAUCCUUGGGUCCCCAAGGGAACUGUCAUGGAGGGGGAUGAGGAAGAGGUGGUGUGGCGAGGGAUGACAGACACCGAAUGGAACAAGUUCAAGGAAGACGAGCAGGAGAAACUGAUGGUUGAAAGAGAACGGAUUGGGAAGAGGAGAACUGUAGUUGAUGGAAGCUGUGCUGAAACAAGUAUAUGCUCUGAAAGUGAUAUCGAGUCUGAAUCGACGUGUUCUUCAUCAGCCUUCAGUAACACUACAGCCACUAAAGAGGACUUACAGGUUCCGUACCAGUUCACAAGGAACAGGAAACUAGAUUUGGCUGUUUUUAAGUACAGGGAGCAGAUACUAGAGCUAGUUAAUGAUAACAAUGUUGUUGUUAUCAGCGGGCAUACUGGUUGCGGGAAAACUACACAGAUUCCACAGUUUAUCCUGGAACAGAAAUCAACCUUGAGGGAACCCGUCAACAUUAUUGUAACUCAACCAAGGAAGAUAGCAGCGAAGAGUAUUGCAGAGAGGGUGUGUAAUGAACGAGGUUGGCAUAUGGGUGGAUUAGUUGGAUAUCAUGUUGGACUAGAUAAGAUGAACAAGUCUCCAGAUACUCGUCUUCUCUAUGUCACUACUGGAGUUUUAAAGAUGAUGCUCAUCAAUGAUGUGAACAUUGCCAACACCUUCACACACAUCAUCUUAGACGAGGUUCAUGAACGUGAUUUAGAUGUGGACUUCAUUCUGGCAUAUCUUAAGGAACUCAACUAUUUGAACGAUUUCAAGAAUGUUCACAAGCACGAUCUAGAGUUUAUCUCUAUACACGAGCCCAAGCUUUAUCCCAAAGCAAUGGAGCUGAAUGGUUUUCAGAGUGAAGGGCCUCUGCUCAAUAUUAUUCCCCUCCAUUCCUCAAUUCCCUGGCAGGAGCACAGUGGGAUCUUUGUUGAGAGCAGUCCUAAUGAAAGGAAGGUUAUCCUAUCCACUAACAUUGCAGAGAGUUCAGUUACAAUACCAGAUAUUGUUUAUGUUAUUGACUUCUGCCUAACCAAGCGACUUGAGGCCAUCUGUAUGGACCCUCCCAAUGGAAAGGACAUAGACUCAGCAGUUCAGAAUCUCAAGCUUAUUGGUGCUCUACUCCCUACACUGAAAGGAGAAGAUGCUGAAGAUGAUGGAGAUAUUACCGUCCUCGGACAGAUCGUUGCUAAACUACCCGUUGAUGUUCUUCUAGGAAAGAUGAUUGUCUUGGGUCAUAUAUUUGGUGUCCUGGAGGAUAUGGUUAUUAUUGCUGCAGGACUCAACGGGAAAUCAAUCUUCUCCACAUUCUUCUCCAGGAAGCUCGCCUCCUACACUUCUAAGCUGCACUGGGCCGGAGGUACUGCAUCGGAUUUUGUUGCGAUCCUUCAGGCGUACAAAACCUGGAGCUACAAGCGGGAGAGCGGAGCAUUCAGUUUAAAGAGGGAUGGAAAUAUGACGAAUGAGAAAGCGUUCUGCAAGCAGUUUAAUCUUCAGCUUAAUCAGCUUCACGAGAUGAAGCUUCUGAUCGAUGAAAUACAUCAUAGUCUGGAAUUUAUGAGGAUUAUUUCCCCGAGGAUAGGUCAGGCACCUCCAGCUACCAAGAUUGAUCCAGGAUUACUCCGUGAUAUUGUGAUCUUCGGUGCGUUUUACCCGAACUACUUCUUCAAAUACCACAACUCUGAGAGAGAGAAGCAAGCAUACAAAACCUUGGAGAGUAAUGAUCCAACCUGCUCAGUAUACUUCUCCUUUCCUGGAGAUCAUUGUAAGUAUGGUGAGUUGUACAAUAACCAGGUCAAGAAAAUUCUAUCCCCUGCCAUCGCUGAAGAAGAUAUUGAAAAGAUCCAGUUCAGUUACUCCAAGAUUGUUAUAACACUGAAGAAGGAUGCCCAUGAGAUGGGAGCAGCUCAAGGCAGGAUUGGAGAGAAUUUCAUUCCGGACAACGUUCUUACAGCUCUGAAGUUGGGAAAGACUAACCAGGCUGACAUGAAGAUCAACCUUUACGAUGCAGAUAAGGCAGAAUUGUACCUAAAGAACCUAAAGGUCAAGGAUGCAGGACGGUUGUCCACGAAGCUCAAUCAGCUGGAAGCUCCGGAUAUGAAUGAAAGCAAGAUUAAGUUCAAACUUCUCCACGUUGAGUCUCCAAGUUCAUUUUGGAUUGAACGUGAAGAUCAGGAGGAAAGGCAUGUUUCUCUUAUGCAGAUGAUUCGCAAGAAUAUUGACAAGUGUCUAAUCGUGGAACGUCUUGAGUUUAUUAAGGUUGGAGACCUAUAUCUUGCACCAGUUGACCAUGAUGGUAACUUGGUCUACUACAGAGCUAGAGUAGAGAGUAAAUAUGAAGAUUCGAGGAUUAAGAUUUUCUUCGUAGAUCAUGGAAGCAGCAUUAUUCUCAACUACAGGCAGUUAAGACUGAUUGCCCCUGAGCUAAGAGCAGAUUUAUCAAUCCCAGCAAUUGCAGUUGAGUGUGCUAUCUCCAGCAUACAACCAAACAAAACUAGAGGAACUAUUCACUACUGGGACCAGGAAUCCGUUAUAGCGUUCAAGAAACUCUUCCAGGAGGGAGAUAACAGUGGUCGUGGUUUCCUAUCAGAUAUCUACUCUGUGAUACCCAGUAACAAUGGUGUAAACAAAUAUCUGAUAAAGUUGAGCACGGUUCAAAUGUACAAUGAGAAGGGUCACCAGGUAGAGGUGAGGCAGUGGUUGUUGGAUAACCAAUAUGCUGAAGCUAAUGUUGAGAGCUUUAUCAGCCAGGAGAGGGCUAAAGAACGAGCAGAAUAUUAUCUAAAUAAUGAUGCAAUGAAGAAUUAUCUGAACCGUCCUGGUAGAUAUAAUGAGGAGGAGGAGAGGCAGUUUAAUAUAGAGCGAGGACUGGAAACCAUGGCUGUAAAGCUGAAGGGUCCCUUUAGCCCUCUUGUAACCAACAUCUUGUCUGCCCACAAACCUAACUGGAAAUCUGUAGGGAAGGCCAAGAUUGAGAGCGACAGUGUGAACUCGAUCCUCCUGGAUUUUUCUCCCAGGGUGGAACACAAUGUGUGGAUGGUUGCUGCUCAGCUUCAAUGCAGUGGAGGAUCUAAAGAUAUCCUUCUCAGGAACACAUGUUGGUUACCCUCUAGGCCAGGAUUGGGACAGUUCUUUGCAAUGAUGUUUGCUCCCAGGGUUCAGAUACGUGUGAACAAGGAGAGAACCAACUUUACUGGAUGUUUGCUAGGACUAGGAUACAAGAUGGAGAGUAAUUUGUCAACCAGGAACAAACCUGAAUGGAAAUCCUUGAAUCCACAGUUUGAUAUGGAGAUUGAGUUCGAUUGCAGGGUUGGGAUGGACGAGCUGAACUUAAUAAACGGGAUUAGGUCUUCUCUUGGUGAGCUUCUAAGCACUGGUCCUGAAGGGGUCUGGAGGAUCAACCAGGUCAAACUACUGCAUGAGUAGAGAGAUUAUAUCAUGAAGAUAAUAAUUGUAUUGUUAU